AUGACCCAGAUGACAUGGUUGAAGCUAAACAGAGCGAAACUAGAGAGGGUGCCUGAUGAGCUAUCACGGUGUACGAACCUUGAACAUUUGCAAAUGUCAAGGAAUUUCUUGUCUAGCGUCCACGGCGAGUUAUCUGAUCUCCCUCGAUUACGAUCAGUCAUUGUUCGGCACAAUCAGGUUAAAACGGCAGGAAUUCCCACGGAUAUUUUUCGUAUGAAAGAUCUGACCAUUAUUGAUUUCUCCCAUAACCAACUUCGAGAAGUUCCUCCUAAUCUUGAGUAUGCCAAGGGAGCUAUUGUCCUCAAUUUAAGCUAUAAUAAUAUAGAGACCAUACCAAAUCAGGUUUUCUCAAAUCUCAUAGAUCUACUUUUUUUGGAUUUAUCAAAUAACAAGUUGGAUAUGCUUCCACCGCAAAUACGAAGGUUAACGAUGGUGCAAGACCUCAAGCUUUCUAACAAUCCUCUACAUCAUUUUCAGCUAAAGCAGUUGCCAAGUAUGACCGCUCUUCGAGUUUUGCAUAUGCGCAACACCAAUAGAACCCUAGAGAAUAUCCCGCCAUCCUUAGAUGAUCUAGAGAAUCUAACAGACAUUGACUUUGCUGAGAAUGACCUACCAGCGGUGCCUGAAGCCCUUUUCAAGUUAAAAAGCUUGCGCAAACUCGACAUUAGCGGAAACAAGAUCGACAAGUUUACCAUUCCGGAAGGUAGUUGGGAAACCUUGGAGACAUUGAAUGUUAGCGGGAAUGGAAUGACUGCGCUUCCUGAUGGUCUCGUUCGCCUGGUCAAGCUACAAAGGCUUUACGCUAGUGAUAACAAGCUAACCUUUGAA